AUGAUGCGUAUGAGAACUAAGACUGUGGGAAUGGGUUUGGGGGUGCCACCGACAGAUAAUAAUACGGCCGCCGGCGGCGGAAAUGGUGAAGGGAAUUGGGAGAUGAGACCAGGUGGAAUGCUGGUUCAGAUGCGAACUGAAUCGGAUCAAAAUCGACCACCUCCACCUACAAUUCGGGUCCGGGUUAAGUAUGGCGCUCUUUAUCAUGAAAUUAAUAUCAGCUCACAAGCUACCUUUGGGGAGUUGAAGAAGAUGCUAACUGGGCCAACUGGGUUGCAUCAUCAAGAUCAGAAGCUUUUGUUUAAGGAUAAAGAGAGGGACAACAAUGCUUUUCUUGACACUGUGGGUGUGAAAGACAAGUCCAAAAUUGUUCUUAUGGAGGAUCCAAUCAGCCAAGAAAAGAGGUUCCUUGAAAUGCGGAAGAGUGCCAAAAUGGAGAAGGCUGCAAAGUCUAUCUCUGAGAUCAGCUUGGAGGUGGAUAGGCUAGCUGGGCAGGUAUCUGCUUAUGAAUCUGUCAUUUCUAGAGGUGGAAGAGUUGCAGAAAAAGAUUUACUAAAUCUGAUUGAGGUAUUAAUGAAUCAACUGCUUAGAUUAGAUGGAAUUGUUGCAGAUGGAGAUGUCAAACUGCAGAGGAAAAUGCAGGUGAAAAGAGUUCAGAAGCUCGUUGAAACGCUUGAUGUGUUGAAGAUUAAAAACUCAACACCGAGCAGUAAUGGCGACACGUCCAGCAUGGCAAAUCACAUAAACAUUGAGAAGUCAUCCCCUGUACAACUGCAGCAGCAACGCAGGAAUUCCUAUGAUCAUGUACCAUCGCCAGUCGAACAACAUCGAGCUCAGCAUUCUGGUGGGAUGUUGAUGCAGCAACAGGAACAACUACAACCAUCAAGGCAUUCAGCGUCAGGGCCUGUUUUAAUCACUACUCAAUGGGAAACUUUUGAUUCAAUGCCGAUGCAGGCUACUCAUUCAGCAUCUGCAGCUUCAACAAGUACUUUUGGUACAACUCAGCCAAGAUUCAAUUGGGAUUUGCUUUGA